AUGCCAAAGGUCGACCACGAGCUAUUCCCUCACUUGCGAGAUUUACAAUUAGCGGAUGCGGAUCCAUCUAACCAAGACCGUAUUGACUUAUUGAUAGGCGCGGAUAUCUACGGUUCUAUCUUAUUAGAGGGGUUACGCAAAGGUUCUGAAACAGAACCAGUUGCCCAGAGAACCAUCUUCGGCUGGGUCAUAUUCGGUCCUUACAGUUCCAUUAGGAAUGUGGACCAGACUACUAGUCUGCACGCCACGGUGUCUCCUUCGGUGGACGACGAACUUCGCAAAUUCUGGGAGUUAGAGGAAAUUUCCUUUAAGCGACCGCUAACUAAAGAAGAAGAAUAUUGCGAAAAUCUUUUCGUUUCAAGCCACUAUCGACGCCCCGAUGGGCGAUAUGUAGUCAGACUGCCCUUCAAAAGGGAUGCUGUAACUGAAUUCGGGAACUCUUUGCAGAUUGCAGUUAAAUCUUUGAUUCGUCUAGAAACUCGUCUGUCGAGAGACCCUGCCUUACAUGAGGCCUACAAUCGUUUCUUAACUGAAUAUGAGCAACUUGGGCACAUGGCUCGAAUCACGCCUUCAGACCAAGUUGGAAGUUCGACGUUCUACAUGCCCCACCAUCUUGUUCUUCGCGAAGCUAACAGUACAACCCCGCUGCGAGUUGUGUUUAACGCUUCCAGCCCUACUAACGUCGGUUUUUCUUUAAAUGACCAACUCCUAGCAGGUCCUAAGUUACAAGAGGAUCUUCCUUCUAUACUCUUACGUUGA